AUGACAUUUAAGCUAAGACUUGGAGGUCCUUUUUUGCUCAGUAGCUUGUCCUUUUGUGAAUCAAACAGGAGAAAGAAAUCUCUUGGUUCACUCCUUAACAGUGGAUUUAGUGCUCAAGGAGAAACUGAAGACAGGUCGAGAGAACCUCAGGAUGCCAACAGUUUAGAGUUAAAAGACACCCCAGCAGAGAAAACCAAUUUAGCAAGUGGUCUUACAAACAGUGUCUCCGGUGGUACAGAAUUUGUGGCACUGCUUCAAAUAAAAAUAAAAUUGGUUGGGGUCUGUCUGGCCAAAUGGAUUUGCAGGCAGCUGAACAUAGACACCAACAUAGGCACAGGGGCUGGAUUUAGUAGCAGUGCCUCUGGAAAUUUAGCAUUUGGUUUGGGGACAUCUGGUCAAAAGGGAUUGGAAGUCAGUAGAGUUGAUUGGAGUGAAAUUAGCAGUAGACGAUCUGCUGGGGUUUCAUCAGUUGGAACAGGGUGUUUUGGCUGGGAACUUGGAGCUAGAAGGGGCGAUGCUGCAUUUGGUUUUAGAGCUUCUGGUUUGAGUUCAUUUGGUGACAGGGGCUUUAGUAGCAGAACAGUUGAAGGAAGUGACACCAGUCUGAGAAUUGGGAAUACCUUUGUUGGUGAUAGCUCUGGAAAUUUGGAAUCCAAUUCAGGGGCUUUUGGUCAACAGGGAUUUGGAGUCAAUGAACUUGGAGGGAAUAGAAUGAGUGGCAGUGCAUCUGUUGGGGCUGGAUUUAAAGGCCUUGGAUCUGAUGUCAGUAGCUCAGGUGACACCAAUUUGAGAAAUGGUAAUACCUUUGCUGGUGAUAGCUCUGGAAACUUAGAAUCCAGUUUAGGGGCUUUUGGUCAACAGGGAUUUAGAAUCAAUGAACUUGGAGGAGAUAGAAUGAGUGGCAGUACAUCUGUUGGGGGUGUCACAAGCUCAUCUGACUACAGUACUUCUGGACCACUCAGCACUCCAGGAAAAGGAACCCAUAUUCCAGAAGCAACCCCCAAAUACUCAGAAACAAACACAACUAUUGGUGAAGUUUCUACUUGGGGCAAAGGAGCAUAUAAAGCUUUCAACGGCCAUGUCUUUUCCUUUGAGUCUUCGUGCACGUAUAGUUUCUGCCGUCACUGUGUUGAAUCUGGAGGAGAUUUCAAUAUUGAGAUCAAACGAAACAAUGAUAGUGAGAUUGAAAAAAUAACAGUUAUAUUAGACAGUAAUGUCAUCUCUAUUGCUGGCGAUGUCAUUUUAGUUAAUGGAGAAAGGUAA